GACUUCAGUUGAAAUUGGACAAAAUUGGGGAGAACAUAACACUGAGAGAGAAGACCGACCCUUACUGUUGUAAUCCGACAAACUGAACCCUUCCAGUCUUAGUAAUUCUAAUCGAGUAAUCUGAUCGUCCCAGUUUUAAUCUUAAAACUCAUAAACCACUGAAAAACCUCAAAUCAAGCGAGCGAAAAUGGAUGCGGCUCUUCUAAUUAUACUACUUUCUGUGAUUAUCGGAGCUUUGAUCGCAUUUAUAGUAUUCGGAAGCUAUUUCCGGAAGCGUAAAUCCGAAAUCGAAUCAAUUGCCCGACCCGAGUCGCUUAAUCCCAACCCGAAACCUUCUUCAAAGCCUUCAACCACCAAAAAAUCGCAGCCCAAAUCUCACUCUCACUCGCACACUGCCGAUAAAGAUGUGGCCAAGAAGCAUCACCCGUUGGAUUUGAAUACGUUGAAAGGGCACAGCGAUGCUGUUACGGGCCUAUGUUUUUCUCCAGAUGGGCAUAGUUUGGCAACUGCUUGUGGAGAUGGUGUUGUCAGGAUUUUCAGGUUGGAUGACAUCUCAAGUAAAAGUUUCAAGUACGGAUCUCUACUUAAUUUAUCUCAACAUAAUUAUUAUAGAUGUAUCUUUAUGAUCGCCAUUGAUUGUAUCUUUCCCAAUUUACCUAGGUUUCUGAGAAUUAACAUGCCUGCUGGUGGUCAUCCUAAAGCAGUGGUAUUUGCCGAUAACGCAUCCUCUGUUGUAGUGGCUUCCCAGACACUUACUGGUGCAUCUUUAUAUUUGUAUGGGGAGGAAAAACCCAAGACAACUGAAGAACAGAAGCAGCAGGCCAAGCUUCCACUCCCUGAAAUUAAAUGGCAACACCAUAAAGUUCACGAUAAGAGGGCCAUCCUCACUUUGGUAGGAACUAAGGCAACUUAUGGCACUGCUGAUGGAAGCACAAUUAUUGCUUCAUGUUCUGAAGGUACUGACAUUAUACUUUGGCAUGGAAAAACUGGAAAGAUAUUGGGCAAUGUAGAUACAAAUCAGCUCAAAAACACAAUGGCCACCAUAUCUCCAAAUGGGCGUUUUAUCGCAGCCGCUGCUUUUACUGCUGAUGUGAAGGUUUGGGAAAUUGUCUAUUCAAAAGAUGGCUCAGUGAAGGAGAUUCUCAGAGUCAUGCAGCUCAAAGGACACAAGAGUGCGGUGACUUGGCUGUGCUUUUCUCCAAAUUCGGAACAAAUCAUCACUGCAUCCAAGGAUGGUUCGAUAAGAAUAUGGAAUAUUAAUGUUCGAUAUCAUCUAGAUGAGGACCCAAAGACUUUGAAGGUGUUGCCCAUUCCACUCUCUGAUUCAAAUGGCACGACUUUACACUAUGAUCGUCUCUGUCUUUCCCCCGAUGGAACGAUAUUGGCAGCAACUCAUGGUUCAACACUGCAGUGGUUAUGCGCCGAGACGGGGCAGGUUUUGGACAUGGCUGACAGGGCCCACGAUAGUGAGAUUACAGACUUGGCAUGGGCACCUACAACCAUUCCAAUAGGUAAAUUUUUCUGAAUUUCAGGAGUACCAUUUCCUGACUUCUGCUUCUUUAUUUCAGCAACACUGUUGUUUCCUGAUUUACUUACUC